AUGCAACUUCGCGCUAUGGUCAAUGAUAAAUCACCCAAAGGAGAAUGGAUGAACUUUCGGUCAUGUCCGCCUGGUUGCCCACUGUGUGGUGGUAAUACUGGAUGGCAGAGAUUGGUUAAAUUAUUGCUUACAAUUGGUCAAUUUAAUAAAGCUGAAGAACUUUAUAAUGUAUUACUUGAACAGACAUCUGAUGAGGAUGAAAAGCGGCAUUAUUAUGCUUGUUUGGGAUAUGCCAAAGAUAAUCAGGGUGAUUAUAAAAAGGCUAUUCGGUAUUAUGAAAAAGCACUUAAAAUUCAACAAGAAACUCUUCCUUCAAUUCACUCUGAUUUGGCUACUCCAUACAAUAACAUCGGCAAUGUAUAUAACAAGAUGGGAGAGUACUCGAAAGCACUUUCAUUUUACGAAAAAGCACUUGAAAUUGAACAAAAAACUCUUCCUUCAAAUCAUCCUGAUUUGGCUAUUUCAUACAACAACAUAGGUACUGUGUAUGAAAAGAUGGGAGAGUACUCGAAAGCACUUUCAUUUUAUGAAAAAGCACUUGAAAUUGAUCAAAAAACUCUUCCUUCAAAUCAUCCUGAUUUGGCUACUUCAUACAACAACAUCGCUGGUGUGUAUUACCAUAUGAAAGACUAUUCGAAAGCACUAUCAUAUUAUGAACGUGCUCUGGACAUAUUCCAACGUGCAUUACCUCCAACUCAUCCUAACAUAAAAAGUGUGAAAGAGAGUAUUGAAAUUGUAAAAAAGAAACUAUAA